UGCUAACUUUAUACAGGCACACACACAAGUGUGCCCACACACACACGGUGGCUAUUUCAAGCUUCCCUUUGGAGCUCCAACUAAAUCUGUAGAAGCUGCCGCGGAUUGAGUUACAUGAGACGGACACAGGACUGUCACAAAGCAAACCUCAGUCCACCAGACCAUGCCAGAGCCGAGGGGCCGAGCACACUUCCACCAGGCCGAAAUAAGCUGACAGGUCAGCCAGGUGGUCAUGCUCGAUGUGUUGAUAAUUGUGACCCCCUUCUCUCGCACUCCUGCUCAGAUCCUCAGAGGCCUCGGCCGAACCCCGAAGCCUCAUACAACAACUGCUGCAGUGGCAAGCGGAAGAGAAGGGCCAAGGCUGUCUGUUCAGGCCAGACAGUGGAGGAGAAGUUUGCUGAGUUAAAAACAUCCGAAAGGAUCCCUUACCCUCCAAUUAGUCUUCGAGUGGUAGAUGCCUAUGGACAGUGGACUGCUCUGUGGGAGAGCCAGUUUUCAGCGUUGAACAUCCCUCACCUGCGCUCCCACACGCUGGUACACACAGAUCCUUUCAAUAAGAGAGCGUUUCAGGAGUACGUUCAGACUAAUGGGCGUUCAGCGGAGCUGCACAGCCUUCCAGACCAGGUCUACAUUCUGGAUCAACAUGCAUUCUUCAAUGAUAUGCGGCUGGGCAAAAAGGAAAAGAAGCGUUUGAGGGUCGCCUCCACGCUGAAGAACAGUUUAUCCCUCAGUCUGCCGGGAACCCAGCUCAGUCUGGAUUUCUUCGAAGAGCAGGUGAGGAGAUACAAACUGGACGAAGUUCUGGUGAAGGGAACAGUGGAGCGCAUCAUCCCUGUGAUGGAGGACGAGAAAGAGAUGGACGACAAACAGAAAGGAGAUGGAGGGGCUGAAAACGUCCCAGGUGGAGCGAGAAAGCGAGUGAAACAUUUCCAGGUCCAUCUACGAGAGGGCGACGUCCUGGAAGCUUUCCGGGUCGUCGUGGCAACAGGUCCGACCCGUGAACAGAUGGCAAACAUCCCCUCGUGGGUCAGGAAUAUUGGAGAGAGCUACCCGGAGGAGCGUCUACAGCACACGGUCAAUCUGAUGCACCGGCUGCCAAAGUUCAGGCAAAAACUCUCAGAAACAGAUCGUCAGACAGCAGAAGAGACAUUUAGUCCACACGGACUGUAUGUAGUGUGUGAGGCAGGGCAGAGAGUAAUGGUAGUUGGUGGAGGUCUGACCAGCGCUCAUGUCGUCUCUAUUGCCCUGCGGCAAGGGGCCAGCCAUGUGACAUGGGUCAUGAGAAAACAUCUGCAGCUGAAGCAGUUCGACGUGGGCGACGUGGAGAGCUUGGUGGGUCGUUACUCCCACGUGGAGCACGGCAUCAAGCUGGACGGCCAGGCCUACCUACGGCAGUUCUACAGCGAGAGGAGUCUCCACAAACGGCUGGCUAUGAUUCGCCAGGCCAGGAAAGGAGGAGCCGUCACCCCAGAGGCCUACACCCACCUUCAGCCCUUCAUCCUGAGCGGACAGGUGGAGGUGAAGGCAUACUGUCAGGUGAGCGAAGCUAGCUGGGACUACAAGAACCAGGCGUGGAGUCUGUCUCUCAGCUCUGGGGACCAUUGGACGGGAGAUAUGAUCUGGCUCGCCACCGGCUGCAAACUUGAUGUGAAAGAGGACUCGCUGCUUUCUGAAGUUAUUAAAAAAUUCCCAAUUCAGGUGAUAGACGGAUGGCCGUGCAUAUCAGAGAGUUUACAGUGGACAGAAGGGUGUCCACUCUACCUGAUGGGGCAGUACACCGCUCUUCAGGUUGGACCUCAUGCCGUAAACUUGGCUGGAGGACAAGCUGCCAGCAUGCGAAUCACAAAGGACAUCAUGUUCCGUCAGCUACAGGACGCUACGCAAGCUCUCAACACGAACGGGGACAAAUCAAAAACAGAAGAUUAUGUUCAACAGAUGCGAGGACUUUUGUGGCUUUAACAUUAAUGUGUGCGUGUGUGGUAGGCUAUGUGAUUAGUGCAAUUUAGGGUUUCUUAUGGUGUCCUUGGACUAAACGGUGAAUGCACAAAAACACAUUCUGUUCGUUGUGACAUGGUCUAAAUAUCAUAAUUUACGUGGUAUUUACCUCCAAAUUGAUUAUUUGCGCAUGAGCUUUCAUUGUGUCAUUCAAAAAAAGUUAUAAUAAUAAUGAUAAUGAUUCAGAACAAAAUAAACACAGAACAUCCUCAAACCACAGAUAAUGAUGUUGUGUUCCAGUUAAUUUGAGAUGCU